UUUUAGAAACCAUAGUGAUCAGUAGCCAAGUUUUCACCAACCGAACUUAACAAGUUUGUAUUUGCUCAGACCAGCUCGGGCGGGCUAAACUAUUCCCGAAAGUCCAUUUAAGAGGCUUUCUAAAGUAAAUUCAACAAACCAAUUUCAAACAAACAUAAGGAGGACGCAGACAAAAUCUAAUGUUGGAGGAUUUGUGUCUGUGAUGUAAUUUUAUGUAAAAUAUGUUUGUAAAUAUAUGAAUAAAACGCUAACGGCUGAUUGCUACUCCGAUUGCUCCAGUAUAUAUACACACAAACAAAAUACGUUAUGCGCAUGACAUGUAUAAAAUUCCAGUGUACCUUAUUUUUGCAAAAAUUGAUUGUUCUCCCCGAAGCAUUAGCAGAAGAAUAGUAUAUUUAACUAUAAAUUGUUAGCUGUGGUUGGCGAAAAGCGGAUUUUCUUUAGAAAUGGCUGAUACACAGGCAAAUGCCAAUGACAAAAUGGCAAGUCUUUUAAAGGAGGCUGAAAAUUUGAAAUCUAAAUUGGAAGAGGAACGCCAAAAACUGAAUGAUGUUAGCUUGUCGUCGAUUGCUGAACGCUUGGAGCAGAUCGCCUUUGUCAACAUAAAACCCCGUAAAGUAUUGAAAGGUCAUCAAGCAAAAGUACUAUGCACCGACUGGAGCCCAGAUAAACGACACAUCAUCUCAUCAUCACAGGAUGGUCGUUUAAUCAUAUGGGAUGCCUUUACCACCAAUAAAGAGCAUGCUGUCACCAUGCCCACUACUUGGAUUAUGGCUUGUGCCUAUGCUCCUUCGGGCAAUUAUGUGGCAUGUGGUGGUUUAGACAAUAAGGUAACCGUCUAUCCAAUAACAUCGGAUGAAGAAAUGUCGGCCAAGAAACGAACUGUGGGCACUCACACCAGUUACAUGUCUUGCUGUAUCUAUCCGAAUUCGGACCAACAAAUUCUCACCGGAAGUGGCGAUUCUACCUGUGCUUUAUGGGAUGUUGAGUCGGGACAACUUUUGCAAAGUUUCCAUGGGCAUUCGGGAGAUGUUAUGGCCAUAGAUUUGGCUCCAAAUGAAACUGGUAAUACCUUUGUUUCCGGCAGUUGUGAUCGCAUGGCCUUUAUUUGGGAUAUGAGAUCUGGAUGUGUGGUACAAUCGUUUGAGGGUCAUCAAUCAGAUGUGAACAGUGUAAAAUUCCAUCCAAGUGGCGAUGCCAUAGCUACAGGCUCCGAUGAUAGUAGCUGCCGUUUGUUCGACAUGCGUGCCGACAGAGAAGUGUCCGUAUUCUCCAAAGAGAGCAUAAUAUUUGGGGUGAACUCUGUUGAUUUUUCUGUAAGCGGACGUUUGCUAUUUGCUGGCUACAAUGAUUACACUGUCAAUUUAUGGGACACCCUGAAAUCGGAACGCAUUUGUUUGUUGUACGGGCACGAGAAUAAGGUGUCUUGUGUUCAAGUGUCGCCGGAUGGCACGGCUCUUUCAACCGGAAGCUGGGAUUAUACUAUUCGCGUAUGGGCCUAAGCAUUUUAAGUGGAAACGUAAUUAUUAAUAGGGACUAAGUUACCAGAUAUCCUAAACACUUAUGAAAAGUACUAAAUGAAUGUAGUUUGUUAUAGUGUGUUACAAUUUAUGAGAACAAAAAUUUAUUAUAAAUGUUCAAAUAUUAAAUAAAUUCAAUAUAUAAACAUGAAA